AUGAAAAGGAGAAGAAGUAGAAGAGAACCAGCUAUAUGGGGUGAACCGGCUGGGGAUUAUUCAAUUGUUGUAUUGGAAGAUAGAAUUAUAUAUUUACAUGGUCUUUUGUUUGUUGAUAAUAAAAUUUCUAAACAUUAUAAGUCAAAAGAAGAUAUGAAAAAUGGUCUUCUUUUAAUGAUUCAGGAGGCAAAUGAAUAUUUUUAUCAAUUAAAUAUUCGUAUAAUUAUUGUUGAUAUUCUUGAGACUAAUCGUAGUGAUUUAAGUUUAUAUACCUUUGAGUCAUAUCGAAAUAGUCUUUUAAAUAAAUUACCUAAACAUGAUUUUGCCGUUUUAGUGGCACAUAAAUAUGCUGGUGGUUUAGCAUUUGUAGGUGGAUUAUGUAAUGAAAGACCUAUAAUGUUAUGUGGAUUUUAUUCACAAAAACCAGAAGCAAUGGGAAGUAUAUUUUUUCAUGAAGUUGGUCAUCUUGUUGGAUUACCACAUGUUGAAACUAACAAAACAUUAAUUGUACCUAAUUGUAAAUGUAAAGAAGCUAAAGAAAAAGGGUAUUUUAGAAAAAAUAAUUGCUUAAAAAUACCGGGUUAUGAUCAUGAGUGUACUGUUCAAAGUAUGGUAAAUCAUUUUUAUGGUGCACAUUGUAUUAAUUAUGAACAACCAUAUGUAGAUCUUUCAAAAGUUCAACCAGUAUGUGGAAAUGGUUUGGUAGAAGGAAAUGAAGAAUGUGAUUGUGGUACAAGUAGAAGUUGUAUAAAUAUAAAUUGUAAUGCUAAAAAUUGUAAAAGUAAUAAUAGUUUCAAGAACAAUAAAUAUUACUAA